CAUCACCCCGACUUGAUGAGUGCACAUUGUAUGCAGAUCCAAGAAAUGGGCAGAAAUAAUGAUCAAGAAAAUGACUAUGAAGAAGAUAUUUUCUCAUUUUCUACAUAUUCUCCCUCCACGCAGUACCCAGCAUGGCAUCAUGAAAGCCGGAAGACCUACAGGCAGAGUACAGAUGGUGCCGAGGCAAUUGAAGGGACCAGGGAGGAAGAGGAGCCUGAAUCAGGCACCCAGGAGAGGCACAGCCCCUCAGAGGCUGGCAGCGGAAGUCCUGAGGACCAGUAUGAUGAUUUGUAUGUGUUCAUUCCCGGAAAUGACCCAGAAAGUAAUUCACAAGAGCCACUCGUGUGCUGCAGACCACCUCUUCCCCCACCAAGACCUGUGUCUGCAGCCUUCCAACUGGAAAAACCUCACUUCACGUUACAAACAGGGAGAACCGCGGAAGGACAAGUAGAAAGGAGUCAAAACUGGAGUUAUCCUAGUGCCAGACAAGAAAAGAGAGAUGAACCCAAAGUAGAAGAUGAAAAGAAACAGGAGGAGGAAGACCCUUACACUUUUGCUGAAAUUGAUGAUAAUGAAUAUGACCAGAUCCUGGCCAAUAUGAGUGUAAAGAAGAGAACCGGAAGUCGGUCCUUCAUUAUAAACAGACCUCCUGCCCCUACACCUCGACCCACAAAUGUACCUCCGAAGGAGGAAACAACACCUUACAUAGCUCAAGUGUUCCAACAAAAGGCAGCAAGAAGACAAUCUGAUGAUGAGAAGUUCCAUGGUCUUCCUAAGAAACCAGACAAAGCUCGGAUGGAGAGUCCAGCCUUUUCUACUGCGAGCGGCUAUCUGGCCUCUGGGCAGGAAGAGCUCAUUCUCCUGCAGGAGAAAGUCAAGAAAGGGAAAAUAUCUGUGGAUGAAGCUCUGGAGAAAUUUAAGCACUGGCAGAUGGAAAAGAGUGGCUUGGAAAUAAUUCAGCAGGAAAAACUACGUCAACUCCGAGAUAGCAUUAUUGGGAAAAGGCCAGAAGAAGAACAUUUCUAUGAUAAACUCACCAUUGUGCAUCAUCCCAGUGGUAACACUUCCCCAAAUGAAAAUAUGUUGUAUAAUAAUCCCUUCAGCAAUAAGCUUCCUCCUCGACUCCAAGUUGAAAAGGAAUUCGGUGUCUGUUGCAGGAAAAAUCAAUAAAAAAGGUUAUGUUAAUAAAACUCAAGAAUGUACAGACAUUGUGCUUUCUGAGUGAAGCAAGCUUGCAUUUGAAUUGUCUGCUCUCUUCAGGGCAAGUCUUUACCAUGAAAGCGGAAGCAAGCUCUGAAUUUGGGAAUUUGUUACUGCCACAAUUUAUCAGUGUCAUACCUACUCCAAAUGGAUGUUAUCAAUGUUAAAAUAGAAUAUCAUAGGCCAAUAACAUAUUAUGAAAAUUCUUGCAUUUUAUAAUGCACUUUGCACUUAAGAAGCUAGUUCUCAUUUUGAAAAGUAAAGAAAAACAAAAGCAGAGAAGUUAAAUGCUGCAUAGAAAGUUAUUGAACCUGUUUAUGGCACUAAUAAUAAUAGAUUAUUCCCGUGAAAAUACAAACCGACUUAAUACAUGUUUGCUUUUCGUGUCUAAAGUCGAGAGUCCUCACAUCUAGACAAUUGCUUUUGUUACACUGUUUAAAGAAACCUUCCUUUUGUUAGUUCUUUUGUUUUUUUGCUUAUAUCCCUGAGAAUAUUAUAUUUUUGAAAAAAUUUGUGUAUCUCAAAAUAAUACACAUUUAUAAAACCUAUCAUUAAGUCUUUAUAAUUUCAUCAACCUAUUUCUUAGAAACAAUUUGCUACUUAGAAUAAAAUGUAAUUUUUUGUGGUUGUGGUUGUGGUUGUAGCUGGUACUGGAGAUUGAACUCAGGGGCCCUUUAUCACUGAGCUACCACUGACUUACAUUCCCAGCACCUACCCACCUCCUUUUUUUUCCUUGAGAAGGUGUCUUGCUAAAUUAGGUUGCUUAGGGCCUCACUAAAUAGCUGUGACUGGCUUAGAACUUGUGAUCCUCCUGCCUCAGUCUCUAGUGUUUCUGGGAUUACAUGUCUGCACCACCAAGCCUGCAAAAUGUAGUUUUUAUCAUAUAGUGAUCUCCAUUGAUAAAUGCCACAAGUAAAUUGAAUGUUUAAAAAUGUCUGAUUUCUCCAAAUAAAUUAAGAACUACUAAAAUUUUCCACUUGUGAGUUUAAAGGAGAUCUAUCAGUUUUUUUUUAAAAAAAAAUAAAUCAACUAAUUUCACUAGAUAACAUCCAUAUAGUAGAAUACAAACAAAUAUCUAUUUAAAGUAAUUCUGUAAGAUAUUUAUCAAUGGUUUCUCAUAUCUAUUAACAUCCUCAAAUAAACACAAGUUUUUAAAAUAAUGCAGUAACUUAAUCAAUCCCUAAUAGAAGCUGCUUUUGAAUGACUUCUGGAAAUUCAACCCAUAUUUUCACAUCCAAGAUUUUUUAAAAUGGCAUACCCUGCUGUGCACUGAGCUUCAAUUUCUGUGAACUGUCAUGGCCAAGAGUUAGGAUAAGCAAUGGAAAACUGAUAGCUUUUCUACAAUUUCCAGAUUCAUAAAAUUCAAAUAAUUAUAUCAUUUCUCAAGUAAGAAAUUCCAUAUUGGCCUGUGACCAAUGCCAGCUGUUUCACUAUUGGCUUUAUUCUCCUUAAAAAUGUGAAAUUCGAUGAUGAUUAAAUUGGUAACUUUUAUCACAA